AUGUCCUCUGCUUUGUUGACGCAGGCCUAUCGUGAGGAGCAGCGAGAAACCGUUAGUAAACAUCUAAACAUGGACGGAGUAUUUAGCACACGUUGAAUGCACGGCGAUAUGAAAACGUGUGCGAUCAGGAUAAACGGCCUUCUCUCUGUCGAUGAAUGCGAAUUGUAUUGGCCUGACGAAGAAUUACUGAAAACACGUGUUAGCCAACUUGACUUUUCAAGUGUAACAUGGGAAUAUUUGCGGAACAUUCUAGAAACAUCUUGAUGGAUGACGAAAUUGCAGUUGGAAUCUUCAAACUCAGUCAGAUCUAUAGUCACCUUGAAUGUUUCUUUCGGAUUCGCCGUGCAUUCCGUCCAGCACGAAAUGGAACAUGUUAAGGGUCGUGGUCUUCACAGUGCAUAUCUAUGUUGUGGAGACCUGGGUAGUCCGCCACAACCAAACCUAUUUCUGAAACACUUUCAGUUGCGGUGUCUCUGGUGAAUACUGAGGAUGAAGUUGCAGAACAGGUUCUGAAUACCCAGGUCCCGGAAUCAACUGGAGGCGUAUUUGUAAUGCGGAGGGGGAUUCAGUUUAGAUAGGGCAGCUGUACCAUGUCGGAGAUCUAUGCAGUCAUCUCCAUGGGACAGUUUCCAUCUACACUGCCCAAUACAGCAAUAUGACCUAAGGAAGGCGCUCAGACACGCCUGCAACGUGACAGUACCUUCUAUUUACGCAUCAGCCUGCUCGAACACUUUCACAGUCCCAGCAAACUCGACGCCGCUAAGAGACAGACAGCAGUCGUCAGCGAUGCUGAUACGAUGUCAGCCUGCCUAUACUGUGACCGCACCUACCGGUUGCGCAUUACCUCUUCUUACAUCUGUGCAUUCAUCAAGCGACGAAGGGCGGAAUGCCGCCAGGAGUCCCUUCCAACACCUGUUAAACACCCUAAGUAACUCCACUUCUUACCUUACCUGCAGGCGCCAUUAGCUUAUCUGGAAAUGUGUGUGCAUGACAAAUACACCAUCUGGCAUCAUUAGGCAACAAGCUUUGAGGUGUUGCUGCCCAUUGUGGGUAAUGGCGUGCCCACCAGCCUGGGUCUCUAGCAUAUUUUGCCCCAUCCAAUUUGGCUAAAACUUUGGGCGAUUUUUUGAUUCUAACUUAUAAGUGACAGUUCGCGAGGCAGUCGUAAACAUCUGUGAAAUCACUGGAAGACCAGGAAAGACCCACAGGUCUCGAACAUUGGCACCCGGUCAUAAUGCCUGUGGGUCAUCUACCACGAACGGGGUAUUUGUACGCCAGGUCGUUUCUUCCUCACCUUCUUCUAUUCAUGUCUCUUCCUUUUAAUAAAGUGCUUACCUUCUGUGGUGUAGACUGUGGCCGGUGGAGGGCAGCUUUCGUCUGCAGUUAUGCCGCCAACGGUAUAGAGAAGGACCCCACAUAACUGUCAGUAGACUGAGGAUCGUGUCAUAUGGGGUUUUGUCUUGGCAUACAUUUGCAGACUGUUGCAGAAAUUACACUGCCAACAACGAGUCUUUCCACGACCUCACACCUUAACUCAAAAUCCGUUAGUUUGUGAGAUUUACUUUUCGUUUAUUGUUUAAUUGCUACUCGUAUUUCUGUUGUCGUACAGUAGCGUAGGAUAAGACUUUCGGCACAAAUUCAGUCAAUUUUUGUGUUUUAUUUUAUUUUGUUAGCUUAAUAUCUAGCGUGCUGCCCCACCCAUAAAACUCCUUUUACCAUAAAUCACGUACGGCGCGAUCCACGGUUGACUGACACUCAAGUGGGAUGCUUCUCUUUACCGUUGCCGUUAGCCCAUCAUCAAAUGGCUCUGUCAUUUGCUUCUAAUUCACUUCAAUCUUCCAUCAAACCGUCAAUGCGCCUUCUUCGAUGUAUGUCUCUUCCUUUUACUAAAGUGCAUGCCUUCUGUGUCGUAAGUUGUGGCCGGUGGAGGUCAGCCCUUGUCUGCAGUUGGCCCAUUACAAAAAGGUUCUGUCGUUUGCUUCUAAUUUACUUCAAUCUUCCGUCCCGCUUUAAGGGAAUCAAGGCAUUCGCGUAAUGAUACGUCCAAAUAACUUCAGUUGGAUCGAAACGAUAGCCGGCAUUUCUUUCCUGAUCGAUACUCCAGUUCCUAAUUCUGGAUAGGCGACAAGGGGGUUCACGACUUCCCAUUAGUAAUGCCGGAUGCACGAAUUGUUCACCCUCGCAUGCACUGCAUUCAUGAAAAUAAUCUUCUUUAGAGUUUGUCAACAUUAUUUGAGGGUUCUGGCGUGUUGGUACACCUCUGGCACACAAAAACGAAUAACAUACCUACAUGAAAGAAACAACAUCUAAGGGUCGGGCGCGAGGACAGUAAAAUAGUUAUAAAAACCUUGUACAGAGGAAAUUAGAAGUCUCGGUAGCCAACAUUGUGGAUAAUUAUAGAGUGGUCCCUAUGAUACCAUUGGUUCUGUUGUGUGAAAAGUACUCUCCAGUGUCUGAUUGCAGGCAUCAGUCUUUCCAAAUCACAGUACCAAAAGACCUUUGUACCUACGUGCAUGUGUUAACGAUUACAGAUGUCCCUGCUUGGAUUGAACAUAAGGACAGAUGACAAGGUUGGCUGUUCGCAAAUAUAAACGAAUGACGAUGGGUCGACUGUGUCCAUUUUGCCCGCCUGAUAAGCCGCUACCUCGCAAAUUUUUCUAUACUGUUAGCAGUUUGCGUCAUGAGCCUGCUGGUUAGUACAUACUGCGAGCCGCGUAUGCUGCUCCGUGUCCUUGGUCAUGGGUUGCUUGACGGCAUAAAAGACCGUGUGCUGAGAAUUUAUACGGGUUGUUGGAGGAGGUGCGCGAGGACAUCUGCACAUAUAAUAGACCUGCGAAAAUAAUGGCCGUUUGGCAUUGAAUGGUGAUGUCCAGCCUGUGAAGAAUGUGGUUGCAGUCGGGUGCAGGCACUUGCAAGCUCCGUCGGCUUGUUUGGGGUCCUUAAAAUGGACGGAGUUGUAAUAUCGCAUCUGUAGGUGAGUUGUAAACUGUCACGCACCCUGAACGACGUGAACUGUGGCCGGUAGAGGUCAGCCUUUGUCCGCGCUUAGCCCAUAAUCAAAAGGCUCUGUCAAUUGCUGCUAACUCACUUCAUUCUUCCAUCCUGAUUUAGGUACGUCAAGCCGUCAAUGCGCUUGUGGACGUUGCUGCUGCCGUCGCAGAGGCUCCAUCCCUUGCCCUGCAAACGCGAGAGCAACGAAUGGAACAAGCGGCUGCCUUCGAUGGCUUGCGUCAUGCUACAACUUAUGUGAACGCCUGCCUUGACCAGCUGACGAAACGCCUAAUGUCUGCGUCUGUUCAGGUGACUCCCAUUUCGAUGCCUUGUAGUCCGUCCUGUUGCAGGGCGGUGUUUUGACUUGGCCUUUUGUUGUGCCCUCUGCCAACCCCGGUCUUUGUUGUCUUCAGGCACAACAGGAUCCCAUAGUGAUGAGCCUGUUGGAGUCAGAGCAUCAGAUUCCUGCUGCGCUCGGUGACGGCGAAGCCCUGCUGCGUCAAGCUGAGCACCUAGCGCAAACAACGGGUGCCCUGAUUGAAGAACUCCGCACCAACCAAGAUCUCCUGGCUGCCGCGAAUGUGUCCGGAGCGGAGGCAGCGAUUCGUGCCGAUUUCCUAGCAGCUGAUGUUUCCCAUCUGAUUGACGCCAUGAAGGUUAGCCGCCUGCUGCUUCCAUACCUGUCUGUAGCUCGAUUAUGUGAUAAAGGGAGGAGCGACUGACUUAUGAAGGAGAUGUCCAAAGAAUAGGAGAAUUAUUUUCUGUAAGCAAGUGGGUUGGCAGUGCUGCCCGCCAGGUAUGUCUACCAGACACGCUUCCUACUCAGUUGGCGAAGUAGCGUUCGUGAGGAACCAUCGUGGUGGACAGAGUGAUUGUUUUAUAAACCGCCCUCCCAGCGCUCUUGGCAAUGACAAACUUUAAGGGACAACGCGCCAGCAUCAAAUUCUGUUUCUUGUCGACGAUAGUUUAUUUUUUUCGACUUAAAAGGAAUCAUUCACUUGAACUUGUUUCUCAUGGUACCACAGGAAACCAAGAUUGCGGUCGGCAGGCGCUGAAGUGGUUGCGUUAGGCAGUGAGAAAAAAAACGACCUGAAUUUUGGCGAUUGGGGGACUGAUGGCUUCAUCAUGACGACGCACCUGCCCACACAGCGUUCAAACCUAACAGGGUUUUGGUGAAAGACGGCAUGACAACGGUUUCUCACCCCCCCCCCCUUACUCGCCCAAGCUAGUCUCCUGAAAGUCAUUAUGCCCAAGAAUGGAGAAAAAUCUAAAGGGAAAGCGUUUUCGAAGGUAGAAGUGGUUAAGAAAAAAUCGCUGGCGGCACUUAACAGCUUUUGUUCAUAAGAAAUAAAAAAUGUUUCGAACGGGGGAAAACUCGUUGGGACAAGUGCUUAUCACCAAAUACACACUAUUGUGGAAGAGAUUGAUGCUCUUAAGACGUUCUCUUAAAUUAAAAAACUAAAUAAAUAUUUCUCGUUUUUUUUUCGAGUAACGCCUUCGUAGUUUGCUUUGUAAAUGCCCUUAUCUCGUAAACUUUCGUUGGUUCAUUUAUGUCGACGGUGACGAGUGGCAUUUGUUACAGGGGACGUCAGGGCUUGUCGUUUAUUUGAUGCGCCACUUUGCCAAUCAUCUUACAGGACUCGAGCAGCUUAUUUUAUGUGUAACUUCUCUUGCUGGAUUCUGACAUUUUUUUAUUUUGAGCUGUUGAUUUUUUAGUCAUUAGGCUAGUUUUUUUUAACUCGCAGGGUUACGGCAGUCUGCUUUUGCUGUUGUUUAGUAGGUUGACACAGACAACUUCGGAGGGUCAGCUCUGUCCCUAGUUUCAUUUUUGUGCCCUCUGACUUGGCAAAUCACCUUUAUGAAUAGUUAGCCAAACACAGUGCACGUUUGAACUGCGCCUUCAUCCCAACUUGUUGGUUUGCUCUUCGGUACCUGUCUUGCUGUUUACGCUGGUGACAAGGCAUUACCUCCGACUUAGGUCUUUCCACCUGAAUGCAGUUUUAUCCCCAUCCAAAGUAAUGCGUCGUAACUGCUUGAAGUGUUUCGUUAGCAGCGUGACGAACGUCAAUUAUCCGCUCGAAGUUUCGGACUCCCUAUAAACGAAAACGAUCCUACAGUUAGAAAUGUGAUUCACGAGUAUUUCUGCGUAUCCUCGCUUCACGUAUGUUCAUUGUCAGGGUUUUAGAGGAACCGUCUUGCAUGCAUUUAGGAUCUAUUCCAUUCGCCCACUUCUGUGAGACUGUGGCUCUUCUGUCGUCUUCUUAACCUACAGACUGGUGAAUAUUCUCAGUAUUUUUCUGACUAUUCCCGCUGAGGAUCAGCUAUUGGUAAUUUAAGCCUUCUUACGUUUAGGAUCUGACCUCGCCGUUUAUAGAUGAUUUGUAACUACAAAUUCCCCUUGGUGUUCGCAUGCUUUCCGAGAUCGUUUUUCUAAGAACAGAUAUUACUACUUAUUCUUCUUCUCUGGAAAUGCUAUAUCCUCUGUUAAUUUUAAGGAUAUUUAGAUGUUGCGGUAGACUUUGCAGGGUUCUUUUAAAGUUCACUCUUCCGAGCGUUGUGUUAUUAGUUUUGCUUAUUGGCUCUGUGCUAACUUCGCUGAUGCUCCCUGUAUCCGUGUCGUUGGUUAGCCCACGGUUGACUCCAGUUUUGUGACUCCCAAAUUUCUUCCAAAAUCUUGCGUUUUCGUGACGAUUUUUGUUGUUUUUGUUUUGAGAGGUGGUAGCGCAUGAAUGUUGUGUGCUUACUGCGAUGUCCUGAAAGCGAAAACUGACCACUGUUCUUCAGGAAUGCGCAGACAGACGGUCUGCCAAACUCACAACAUUUUUGACAUUAACAUAACUCUCCUCUCUGCAGACCUGAACAGCUUUAUGGGCUGAAUCCCCCUCCCCCGGAGGAUUUUAAGGCAACAGCUUUUUUAGUCACCAUAAUUUAUUGUCAUGGCGUUCUGCCUUACCCCACCCACCUGUUUCCUUUCGUCUCCACUGAAAAGCUGCUGGCCGAGGGCAACCAGCAGUCAUUGCCACACCAACAGAAGGUAGUCGCUGCCUCCAGCGAGCUGCUCGAGAGAGCGCAGGCUCUCGCCGCACCCAUUAUUCGCGCCCGCCUUACCACCGGACUGGAGUUCGCCACCCGUCUUACUGCCAGCAAUGCCAAUCUGUUAAGCACAAUGACAGAAGAGGCCGUCCGCGUUUCACGCUCCAGUCAAUUUAAGGUGAGUUUAUCUUUCUUAUGUGCACCGUGUCUGUGUUUGAUCGGCAAGGCGCGAGCAGUUUUGACUUCCGACGCACACAGUAGGUGUUGCUAGCGGGGAUGAUUGAUUCUCGCUUCUAUCUUUUCUGGAAUUUUCUAGGUCGUUUGGGUUCGGUGACAGUUGCGUUAGACAAAAUUGCAUAGUGGAUUGCAUAAACUGAGUGUGCUUGAGGUGUCUAACUAAGACAGCCAUGUUGUUUUUGUUUUCAAACGGAUUCCGAGCAUCUCUGCGAGUUGGCGUUUAGGAUACGAUUUCAAACUGAAGUUUACGAUCAACAGGGUAACCCAAGACUCGGGUAGCAACCCCAAUUUUUCACUCUUUCUUAAUGGAUUGUUUGUACUGAAUAAAAGGCGUCCCCACAGAAUCUACAAACUGACCAUUCAAACUCCACUCGAAAUUCUUCCAGGGCGUUUUUUGCCAAUUAGCCGAUCGGAAAGGUGUCUUCACUGUUUACCCCUGUGAACCAUUAAGAUUGAACGGUUGAAAUUUAAGAUUAUCUGAUAAUCGGCGGGAAUCUUACGGCGAUUUACACUAAAUUUUCAUCUUUUUCCAAUUAUGCCAGAAAGAUUGGAAGCACGUGGGAACGAAGCCUCAUUGUUUGCGCCGUUCAUUGUCGUCCUCCAUGAUGGUUAUAUUUCGCUCAGAGGUUGAUAACAGGACCAAGCGACCCUAACUGUUUACAUUAUCCCUCCUUGCCGUACUGACUUCGUGUAUUGCGAAUAUCUACAGACGGACUACACAUGCAGAUGCAUUCAUGACUCAUCGAAUAACAUUCGUAGAAAUUCCGGGGGAUCUUUUAGUUGGGCAUUUGCCGAGAAAUACUGCAGCAAGUCUUGUCGGGCUAAAUUGUUCGUCCAUGUGCACCUUACGAAUUUUAUCUGUCGCUACAGUUGAUAGUAACUGCAACGUGUGCGUAUACGCUGCUAGACCGGCUCGCCCUUCACACAAUCCGCCGUUGGCUAACACAACUGAGAAAUACUGAAAUAGGCGUUUUAGGCCUUUUGCGUUGACCCAACCUCCACCCCCCUUGAAGACGAUUCUUCGAUUUUUCUACUACUUGACAGCAUUAAUCGGCCUAGCGCGUAUUGCCGUCACCCGUUACCCAGUACACUUGACCUCCGUCGUUCUUCUUGACCUCAUUUCCGGUACUAAAACGCUUCGUAAGUUUAGCGUUUACCAAUGCUUUCGUAUCCUUCCGCUCAACAUGGACGAUAGAGGUUGUGACGUGUUGUGAUUAAGGGAUACCUGGACCGCGGCUGCCACCAGUAGGUCUCUGUCCCUUUCCUUUCAAGGAAAAGUAUACACACUUCUUCCAGCUAUUGCAUUAAUUUGACAAUAGGAAAAUUUCGUUUUGUGAUACUACCAGGUAAACCAAUAAUUACUCAAUACGUGGAGUUUAAAAUCACAGUAAAAUUCAGCCAAUAUGUUACCAAAUUCCUUCCAUAUGGCUGAUUUAAGAGCUUAACUUAUAAAUAUUUGAAAAAUCAAAUGGGCUUGUUACAAUGGAAUUCAUAAGAAACUGGUACUGCCUUGAAAAGCAAAUUGGCAAGUGGUCCUCUCAACUCAGAUUGACCGUUCUCACGCCAAAUGGUUUGACCAGAUCGCCGCGGGUGUCUGCGUGGGAAAAGGAGGUCGAGGGAAGAUCUAUAAUGCUUUUGACGCGAAAGUCGUUGGUAUGCAUAACCGAAGGAGGGGCGAGUACUGACACGGAGUAAACGAUUAGAGCGAACGCUGCUAGUGCUAGGCUACAGGAGGUAAACACACAAAAUAAAGUUUGAAGUAUUAAAAAGGGUAAUGACUCAAGACAGUAGGAAACUGUAACUCGAGGGAUAUUUCUUAUAAGUAGCAUUAAAUUCACUGUGAAUAGCAGCUUUCUGCACGUCUUAACAGUCCCUUUGUUUGGUAGAGUAAGUCUGUUUCACGAUGGUUUGCGAAUGGAAGUGGUCGCAUGCCUGUGAGUGACUUUUCGGAUGUUGGAAACGCACUUUGUGGCGUGUGCGUUCCAAACGUGGACCGUGGUUCCUGUUCGGUGCUGAAUAUUCGGCACGGUAAGAUGUGGUUAUGUAGUCCCACCUGAUGGACACAAUACUGUUAGGACUAGGGUUAGGGAUUAGUGUUAGGGAUUAGAGUUAGGGGUUGGGGUUAGGGCAACUAUUUCUUAACCACUUAAAUUACAACCCGGCAUUCCCAAUAGCUUUUUUGCACGCGAUUACUUGACCUCGUCUACUAUGCAUUCCCCGGCCCCACCUGUAAAAUCCCAUAUUACUACCGGUCCCGUAUUACAGGCGGCUAGGGUUUGUUUACCUCAGGUGGUGCACAUAACCACAUCUGACCUUCGGCACUUUCCAAAAUAACUGUCUAUGUUCAUCGGUGCACGCCUUCGAGUUGUGUAAAAUUUGUGUGGUGUAAACACGCUAAACUCAAAACUAACCCCUGAAAAAGGUUACGUUUUUGGUCACAAUCGGUUGGACCUGCACUCUUGGGUUAGCUUCAGAUAGUGCCAGAAGCACCAAUAAUAAUCUCACACAUGCCGAAUUCAAAACUCGCAGUACUGCGGACCGGUGUUGGGAACAAAGAGUGCUGUAUCGGAUGUAGCGCAAUGUAAAGUCGUCUUGUUUGCGAUCUUUGUAUCUCUAUUUUCAGUACUGCAAAUUUAUUUAUUCGGAUACCUUUCUCUGGCUCAUUGCCUCACAAGUAAAUGCUUUUCAACAUUGAUAGUCCCGUAACUAGAGAAUAACCAGUAACUCUUGUUUACUAGGGCUGCAGGAAUAAAGCUACAUUUGUUGAGCACCAAAACAUACUUUGUUUCUGGUAUCCAGUCUUUUCGAGUUUAGUGCAUUCAAAAAGAAGUCAGCCUGUUUGCGUUUCUGCAUCCAAGGCGUACCUUCGACAUAAGGCCUUCCUACUUUUUGAGUUUUUGAAGACUUAUGGGAAUGGACUGUCUAAAAUCCGCCAUAAAAAGAUACGCCACGAGAAGAGCCCAAUGGAAAUCCAUUGUAAGUCUGUCUUCAUACGGGUGGACUUGUUCUUCGUAGGUGAACGUAAUGGAUUCGGUGGCUGGACACAGGAAUAAGACCUCCUUUUUAGUACUACAGGUGGCUUUGUGCUAAAUUCCAUGGAGCUACGCAUUGCAUCAUAACAUUAUCCUAGUCUCCUUAACACUUACCCUGGCAACAAUCGGGAGAGGGCACCCAAAUAUCUGUUGCCUAGAAAUAAGACCUACUAUAUCUAUUUGAGUAGGUCAUAGCCCUACAUAUUUGUUGUUUCAUCCGACCUGUUUUUCAUCUGACCUAACCCUAACCGCCAUGGAAUUUAACACGAGGCCACCUGUAAUGAGGGAGGUCCAUAUUCCCGUGUCCUACCGAUUCGGUGUAUUCUAUUAAAGAGAAACGGCAGGACAUCGUCCAAAUCUGACUCCUUUACUUACCGAAGUCAAGAAACAAGAUAAGUGAAUUCGACCGGCACCUCCGUAAACUACAUUAAUACAGGAAUUCGCCGUCCAUUGCAGCGUCGUGUAAAUUCGAAACAGAUCCGAUGGACUUUUUAAUUUCAAAUGAAGAAUGCCAACUUUAAUUACCCGUGUUAUAAAGGACCGAACACUGAUUCAUUAGCUUAUGCUAAAUUAAAAAUAAUCACUACUCUAGCGUUACUUUUUGUUUCCAGAUACUGCAAGAACUGGACACGCUCCAAAAUGAGGUUAUGCCCGAAGUAACUCUCUCGUGCGAUCAGGCUCGUGCCCAACCACAGGAGUUUGGCAAUCAGACCAAUCUUCUUGCUGCAUCGAAAAAUCUGAUGGAUGUGAGUUCGCCUUCUGUCUCUGUCUCUUUCAUCCCCUUCUGCCUUGAUGUAAUGUGCCACGGCCGCACAUUUGCGUACUCACCCUCUCACUUUUUGACUUCCUGUAGACUCUGAAAGACUUUAUCUCAUCGGUCGAUAUUUUGGCGCCAACUGUGCCCGAUACCGGAAUUCAGGCAGCGCUGACGUCGGCGGCCCGAAACACACACAUUUGUCUGACUGAUCUACGACAAUGCUGCACCGCUGCUGAGCCUGUGCUAAAAAAUCCCCCACCACCUCUUCCAACGUUCGACGCUGAGACAGCAAAGGCGUUGAGACGGGGUUCAAAAACUACCCCGUCAGUGCGAGUCGCCUGGCCGUCGAUUGCUUCUCGUCUAGCCGAUAUGCAUACACAGUUGAACUCGAAUUCCGACCACAAGCUGCCGGGCGAUACGGUAAGGAUGGAUCUAAAAUUUAGGAAAAAACAAAGCCUGCUGACUAAGUUUUAGUAGUAAUAACGAAAAAAUAUUUUGUAGUUGGAUUCCGUCUGUGCCGCUGUUAUAAACUCUGUGGCCAAAUUCAACGACGCCUUUCCUCCAUCGUCGACAUCACACACGUCGAGUCUUCCAGAGAGACUGGUCACUGAGGCCAAGGAAAUUUCCGAAGGUUCCGCGGCUGGGCUUUCCCCUGACCAGCUUCCGCCCGUUACGGCUAAACUUUUGGAUUCUCUGCGCUGUGUCACUGAGGCGGUCCGAGGCCUGGCGGGAUAUCUAUCCUCAAUUUUGGAUGAAACGGCCGUCGAUCCAGGUGAUUUAAACACCUUUCUAUCGCCUCUUGAACCAUUUAUCGUUAUGUCACAGUUCAAAUCAUAUGAUUCUAGGAAUGCUAACGUGAUUUGUCAUUUUCACAUUGUUGCAGAUCUCAAUAAUGUGUUGAUUGCAUCAUGGCAUUUACUGGAACAUGAAGUAACUGAUGAGGGACAACAGUUGCGCCCGUCAAGUCAGGUUUUCAACGCGGAGUUUGCGGCAUCUGAGCUGAGAAAGCGCCUUUUGGAGAAUGGAACCGCGUGUCUCACGAAUGCUCAUUCCUGUCUCCUUUGGGCUUUGCACGAUUCUAACAUUGAAGAUUUCAGUUAUGAGCACGUUAUAAACGAGCACGCCGGUCAGGUAGGCUACACCAAUAUUUUUAGUUUAAACUUUCCCCCACCUAUUUGGUCUUGCCCGUAUUCCUUACGCGAUGUCUUCGAAUUCGACUUUUACAGUUCACCCUAUCAUGCUCUGUUUCCAUCUUAAGGCACUAGUCAUGCGUUAACGUUGACAAACGUUUGGUAUUCAUCUAAUAACUCUACGUACAAUGGCUAAGAAGACAACGAGUGAAUAAUAAGCCUGGACUUAUGAGGUAGUCGAGUAAAUGCCGCAUGGUCCAUACCCAAUGGAUAACUGCCUAUGUGUGCUUGCAACUUCACGCCAACGACCCCCUGGUUUUUGAGGACACUUUGUCUUCUAAACCGAGAACGCCCCAUUUUGACUUAAUUCAGUGGGUUUUCUCGUCUUUUGUCAUCCCACACUGAAAAAAGGGGCGAAGCCUGUCUAACAUCUUAUACAGUCUGCCCUCGUUCUUUUUGUCUAAUGGGCAAAUAUCAAACUUUUCCUUUCAUGCCCCAAAGUAAAGCUUUUAUAAUGCAAUCAUCUGACAAGCUCACAUGCAACAAACGAAAAGUAUGCCCAGCCGGUCUUUGAAUUGACUGCAAAGCCAUUGAAGCAAACGUAAGUGAAAAAAAGUCAAGAGCUGCAAUGCCGGAUAGAGAUAACCAGUUCAAGCGUACUAUGGAAAAAAUUGGGGGCGUAAACGAAGAAAUGUUCGCCAGUCAUCUGCCGAUCACUCUAAUUCCAGCAAAAUCGGCUCUCUAUGACCCUGUCUAGUGAUGUCGGAGAUCCCGUACACAGAUAAUUCCCAAAUCGAUCGAUGGCUGCAUUAUUUGCACGUCCGUUGUCUUUUUGAUAUUCAGACAAUCCAACCUCCUUUUCAGCUCGUAACUUCCAUCAGUGAUCUCCGCAAAUUGGUUCCGGGUAGUCAACUCGCCUAUAAACUGAACUCCAUCGUGGAUCAACUCCCCAAUUGCGCGGAAUCAAAAGCAAAACAAAAUGGCCUCUCGAGUCCAAUCUCGAGCGAACGUACUGAUACAGAGCCGACCGACCCCAGACUUCUUUUAACCGCCCUGCGCGGCCUUGUUGAGGUAGUUGCUUUACCUUCUGUCAGCAGUAUUAGUAGCUUCAGUAGUCCAAUAAUUCCGUAG